AUGGGACUAACUGGAUAUGGUGCUGGACGGGUCUUAAGUGUGUCCGCUGGUGACGCCCCGUCUGCUUGGGAGAGUCAUGACAGAUGUGGAGGUGCCUUUAUUCUGGCGGUCUUGUUGGGUCGUGGUGGAGAGGGUCGUGGUGGAGAGGGUCGUGGUGGAGAGGGUCGUGGUGGAGAGGGUCGUGGUGGAGAGGGUCGUGGUGGAGAGGGUCGUGGUGGAGAGGGUCGUGGUGGAGAGGGUCGUGGUGGAGAGGGUCGUGGUGGAGAGGGUCGUGGUGGAGAGGGUCGUGUCGGAGGGGAUCGUGUGGUAGAGAGGGGUCAACAG